AAGAGAAGCUAGUCAGCAAGAGAACAGAUCCAGCUGCUACUGGUGUGGUUAGGAUGGUCAACGCUAAUGUGUAAAAUUGCCUUUUAAAACCAUCUUUCCCCAGACUGGCUCACGGGCUGCCCGUUCUGUCUGCUGUGCUCUGUGUCGGCAAUGGCUUCCAGUGUCCAGUAGCAAAGUCUGGCGACCGAGUGAAUUUGUGACCCAGGAAUAGCAACUAAUCCCUAGAUGCCAACUCCAGGCUGGCGUGUGCUCUGAGGUCUCUGAGGAGCCCUGCCAGCCAUGGACCCAGACCCCCAGGCCGGCGUGCAGGUGGGCAUGCGUGUGGUGCGCGGCGUGGACUGGAAGUGGGGCCAGCAGGACGGCGGCGAGGGCGGCGUGGGCACAGUGGUGGAGCUCGGCCGCCACGGCAGCCCAUCGACCCCCGACCGCACGGUUGUCGUGCAGUGGGACCAGGGCACCCGCACCAACUAUCGCGCCGGCUACCAAGGCGCACACGACCUGCUGCUCUACGACAACGCCCAGAUCGGCGUCCGCCACCCCAACAUCAUCUGUGACUGCUGCAAGAAGCACGGGCUGCGGGGCAUGCGCUGGAAGUGCCGCGUCUGCUUCGACUACGACCUCUGCACGCAGUGCUACAUGCACAACAAGCACGACCUCGCCCACGCCUUCGAGCGCUACGAGACAGCCCACUCGCGCCCUGUGACACUGAGUCCCCGCCAGGGCCUCCCAAGGAUCCCGCUGAGGGGCAUCUUCCAGGGGGCAAAGGUGGUGCGAGGGCCCGACUGGGAGUGGGGCUCCCAGGAUGGAGGGGAAGGGAAGCCAGGCCGAGUGGUGGACAUCCGUGGCUGGGAUGUGGAGACAGGCCGGAGUGUGGCCAGUGUCACGUGGGCUGAUGGUACCACCAACGUGUACCGUGUGGGCCACAAGGGCAAGGUGGACCUCAAGUGUGUGGGUGAGGCGGCAGGCGGCUUCUACUACAAGGAGCACCUCCCGAGGCUCGGUAAGCCGGCAGAGCUGCAGCGCAGGGUGAGUGCUGACGGCCAGCCCUUCCAGCAUGGGGACAAGGUCAAGUGUCUGCUGGACACAGACGUCCUGAGGGAGAUGCAGGAGGGCCACGGUGGCUGGAACCCCAGGAUGGCGGAGUUUAUCGGACAGACGGGCACCGUGCACCGCAUCACGGACCGCGGGGACGUGCGUGUGCAGUUCAACCAUGAGACCCGCUGGACCUUCCACCCUGGGGCUCUCACCAAGCACAACUCCUUCUGGGUGGGCGACGUGGUCCGGGUCAUCGACGACCUGGAUGCCGCGAAGCGACUGCAGGCCGGGCACGGCGAGUGGACGGACGACAUGGCCCCCGCCCUGGGCCGCGUUGGGAAAGUGGUCAAAGUGUUUGGAGACGGGAACCUGCGAGUGGCAGUUGGUGGUCAGCAGUGGACCUUCAGCCCCUCCUGCCUGGUAGCCUACCGGCCCGAGGAGGACGCCAACCUGGACGUGGCCGAGCGCGCCAGGGAGAACAAAAGCUCUCUGAGCGUGGCCCUGGACAAGCUGCGGGCCCAGAAGGGUGACCCCGAACACGCAGGGCGGCUAGUGGUGGAGGUGGUGCUGGGCAACGUGGCCCGGGCUCUGGACCUGCUGCAGAGGCACCCGGAACAGGUGGACACCAAGAACCAGGGCAGGACAGCCCUGCAGGUGGCUGCCUACCUGGGCCAGGUGGAGCUGGUGCGGCUGCUGCUGCAGGCAAGGGCCGGAGCGGACCUGCCGGACGAGGAGGGCAACACGGCCCUGCACUAUGCGGCCCUGGGGAACCAGCCUGAGGCUGCCCGGGUGCUCUUGAGCGCAGGGUGCGGGGCGGACGCCCUCAACAGCUCCCGCAGCACAGCGCUGCAUGUGGCCGUGCAGAGGGGCUUCCUGGAGGUGGUGAGGGUCCUGUGUGAGCGCGGCUGUGACGUCAACCUGCCUGACGCCCAUGCCGACACGCCCCUGCACUCAGCCAUCUCAGCGGGUGCCGGCGCCAGCAGCAUCGUUGAGGUCCUCACUGAGGUGCCUGGCAUCAGCGUCACUGCCACCAACAGCCAGGGCUUCACGCUGCUGCACCACGCGUCCCUCAAGGGCCAUGCGCUAGCUGUCCGGAAGAUUCUGGCACGAGCACGGCAGCUUGUGGACGCCAAGAAGGAGGAUGGCUUCACGGCGCUGCACCUGGCCGCCCUCAACAACCACCGUGAGGUGGCCCAGAUCCUCAUCAGGGAGGGCCGCUGUGACGUGAACGUGCGCAACAGGAAGCUCCAGUCCCCGCUGCAUCUGGCCGUGCAGCAGGCCCACGUGGGACUGGUGCCACUGCUGGUGGAUGCCGGUUGCAGUGUCAACGCGGAGGAUGAGGAGGGGGACACAGCCCUGCAUGUGGCUCUGCAGCGUCAUCAGAUGCUGCCCCUGGUGGCUGAUGGGGCCGGGGGGGACCCAGGGCCCUUGCAGCUGCUGUCCAGGCUACAGGCCUCGGGCCUCCCGGGCGGCGCGGAGCUGACGGCGGGCGCGGCAGUCGCCUGCUUCCUGGCGCUGGAGGGCGCCGACGUGAGCUACGCCAACCACCGCGGCCGGAGCCCGCUGGACCUGGUGGCCGAGGGCCGCCUGCUCAAGGCCCUGCAGGGCUGUGCCCAGCGCUUCCGGGAGCGGCAGGCGGGCGGCGGCGCGGCCCCGGGCCCCACGCACGUGCCCGGCACCCCGAACACCGUGACGAACCUGCACGUGGCCGCCGCGGGGCUCGAGGCCGCCGAGUGCCUGGUGUGCUCCGAGCUGGCGCUGCUGGUGCUCUUCGCGCCGUGCCAGCACCGCACGGUGUGCGAGGAGUGCGCGCGCAGGAUGAAGAAGUGCAUCAGGUGCCAGGUGGCCAUCAGCAAGAAGCUGCGCCCAGACGGCUCGGAGGUGGCAAGCGCCGCCCCCGCGCCCGGCCCCCCGCGGCAGCUGGUGGAGGAGCUGCAGAGCCGGUACCGGCAGAUGGAGGAGCGCAUCACCUGCCCCAUCUGCAUCGACAGCCACAUCCGCCUCGUGUUCCAGUGCGGCCACGGCGCGUGCGCGCCCUGCGGCGCCGCGCUCAGCGCCUGCCCCAUCUGCCGCCAGCCCAUCCGCGACCGCAUCCAGAUCUUCGUGUGAGCCCGCGACAUCCCCGCCCCCGGCGCGUCCCGGAGCCACGUCCGGGAACUGCCUUCGCAAGCCCCCACCCUGUAUUUUAUAAAAAGA